AUGGUACAACAAGAUAGAAUCGUUUUGCACUGGUUAGAUCAAUCAAGGUCACAACGUGUUGUGUGGCUAUUAGAAGAACUUGGUGUAGAAUAUGAAAUUGUUUACUACAAGAGAGACUCCAACCAUAGAGCUCCCCCGGAAUUGAAUAACGUCCACCCCUUGGGUAAGUCUCCAGUGUUGGAGAUUUUCCAACCUAAUGGUGAAACCGUAAAAUUAGCAGAAUCUGGAUGGAUUUUCCAGUAUUUAAUCAACAAGUAUGACACUGCCAACAAAUUAAAGGGCACCAAUGAGACCGAAAGUAAUCAAAUCAAUUAUUUUCUUCACUAUAGUGAAGGUACUUUGCAGCCACUUCUAGUUGGACUAUUGAUAAAUCAUUUGGCGAGAACAAGACCAAUGUUACCAAUAAGGAUGUUGAUGGGCCCCUGUGUUGGUGGUAUAAACAAUAGUUACUACAAGCCGGAGCUUUUAAAGAAUGUCAAGUAUUUGAAUGAUAUUGUCAAACAACAAUACAAUAAACAUAGCAAGUAUUUGGUUGGUGGGCAGCUUUCUGCGGCAGAUAUUAUUUUGUCGUUUCCCAUUCAGAGUGCAAUCAACAGAGGAGAAAUGUUAAUCAACCAAUCGUUGGAAAAUGAGUAUCCUGAAUUGAAUGAGUAUUACCAACAUAUUAUCAAACAACCGGGCUGGAAGGCUGCUGUUCAAAAGGUGAAGGACUUUGAAAAAGUCCUUGGCGAUAAGCAACAACCAAACCAGGUUGAUUAA